GGUGCUCGCUUGUUUCCGUUUCCACCAUGGUUUCCACCUUUCAGGUUUUGUUGUCCCUUCUUGCUUCCCGUCCGUACCGUACGAACUGAUCUACUGCUUAGAAAUGGCUGAAGCUCCCCCACGGCCCUGCCGGUUUUUUUGUCACCGGUGUUCAGCAGAGAUUAGUCCGCGUUUACCGGACUACACCUGUCCACGCUGUGAAUCUGGCUUCAUUGAGGAACUGCCUGAGGAAAGAAGUACUGAAAAUGGGUCCGCAUCCACGUCCUCCACCAGUGAUCAGAACCGCCCGUCCUUUGAGAACAUGGAUCACCAACAUUUAUUCACAUUUCCCUCUGGGUACGGCCCGUUCGCCCUUGGGAUUUUUGAUGAAAGCUUCGACCUUCGAACGCGGCUACCAACAGAGGACAAUCGAGAGACAGAAAACAGGAGAGAACGGGAAAUGGCGUCACGGCAACGAUACAGUGCACGGCAACCACGGGGUCGACAUGUUCCUCGACGACAGGGUACGCGCCAUGAAGGAGUGCCCACAUUAGAGGGAAUUAUCCAGCAACUAGUAAAUGGAAUCAUAGCACCUACAGCCAUGCCAAAUAUCGGGAUGGGACCAUGGGCUAUGCUACAUUCCAAUCCAAUGGACUACGCCUGGGGUGCCAAUGGUCUUGAUGCUAUCAUUACACAGUUAUUGAACCAGUUUGAAAACACGGGUCCCCCUCCUGCUGACAGAGAGAGGAUAAAGAGUUUACCCACCAUCUCCAUUACAGAGGAACAUGUGGGUGCUGGUUUAGAGUGUCCUGUGUGCAAAGAAGACUACAGCAUUGAGGAGAGUGUUAGACAACUGCCUUGCAAUCACUUGUUUCACAAUGACUGUAUAGUACCAUGGCUGGAACAGCAUGAUACGUGUCCUGUGUGCAGGAAGAGUCUUAGUGGACAGAACACAGCCACAGACCCACCAGGGUUAUCAGGAAUGAACUUCUCUCCCUCCUCCUCAUCCUCUUCCUCCCCCAGCUCACCUAGCAAUGAGAAUGCUACCAGCAACUCAUAGAUUUUCACCGUCACCUCACAUUUGAAAACCUCACAACAUACGUCAAACAAGACCCAAUGUCUCCUCUCUACAGCUGAGACCAGGACAGUUGUCCGCUUCAAUUCAAGGGGACGAUAUCAGUCGAGGUGAACUCUGAAUCUGUUGCAGACUGUUAGUCAUUAUUCCUCCCCCUGUGCUGAACGGACGCUGGGUCCAGCUCCUGCUGCCAUUGUUGCUGAGUAUUUGAGGAGGUGGGACUGGGCAGUGUGGAAGGAGGAUCCAGAAAGGCUGUGAAUAAUAAUAAUAAUAAUAAUAAAAGUGGGAUUGUGACCAGAACUGGAGCGGAGUUUGAGCCAGAGUGGACUGCUUUUUGAUGGAGACAUGUCUUUGCCACGAGGCUGGGACACAUUUUAUAUUUUAAAGACAAAAUGCUCUUUUUUAAAAAACAUUUCCUGUGGUGGUGCAGAGUACAUAGAUGUAUAGAUAGGGAAUUCAUUUUGAACUGUCAGCCACUGAGUGUAUGCAUCUGAUUUCUAUUUAUUUGCGCCUUUGUUUUUUGAUUUUGCACAGUUCUGUCUGAUGUUGAGAAUGUGAAUUUGGGUAAACUACUGAACAAAAAAAAAAAAAGAUUUUUCACAUUUUUGCAUUGAAUAAGUCUUUCAAGACUUGUUUUUUUGUCUUUAUUAGAGCUUGAUCCAGUGUACUAGGUGUAUCUUGACAAGGUAAAGAUCCACACAGCUUCAACAGUGGACACAUUUUUAUUCCUCAAGUGAAAAAGUCACAAACCUACUUAUUUAUUGAACCCUUGCCCAAGAUGCAAAGGAGCAUUGUAAAAGGAAAAAAGACACACAAAAGGCAUGGAAUUAUGUUACCUCUAUGGAACUGACCAAAUGUGUUUCACAAAACAAGUGUUUAUUAUUUUAUUUACUGAUUUUUCGUACAGUCACAAUAAAGUGCUAAAACAAACAUA